ACAAAUAAAAUUAAGUAGGCAAACGGGGUGAGAUUUACUUGUAGGAAGUGGUCCUAUUAAAUUUGCAGCAGUUCUGUUCUUAGGGGAUAGAAUAAUAUACACUCAUUAGUACAAUAUGCAUGUUAUAUUCAACAUAGUAUUUUUAUUUCUUGUAACAGUUUUUUCAACUACCCAAGGAGUAGUUACAGAUGAAGAUUAUGCUUCUCUACCAGACUUAUUUCAUCAAGAUAAUUUUGAUAGAUGCAUGCUUUUUGGUAAUAAAACUCUGUAUUGCUGUUUUGAAUAUGAAUUGGAACCACUAAGUAACGAGAAUCCCAUGUGGAAAGCUAUGCAAGCAUUAUCAAAAGACACCUACAAUUACAGGCAUGAUAACUUGAGACACUGUAUAUGUGUUCCGACUACUUGUCCCAAUGUCACAGAAAAGUUUGAAGGCAACACCACGCUGACGAAACAAAUAAAUAAUUGUUACGAUAAAAAAAUGUUUAAGUAUGGAUUCAGAGGAACUGUCAAUAAUUUGACAUGUGACACAAACAUAUCUAAAUUCCCAGUCGACUGGAUUGAUGUAUUAGUUGCCUCCUUUUUCAUUGUCUACAUAAGUUUUGUACUUUUAUGUACAAGUGUAGAUAGUGCAAUAAAAAACUGGUAUGACAAAGAACACGAAAACUUUGCUAAUACAAGCUAUGGAAGAAUAGUCACGUCGUUUUCUUUAUAUGCAAGCUGGAAUAAACUUACAACUGUCAAAAGCACGGCCGAAGUUGACUAUUUAAGGCCAUUGCAAGGUCUUCGAUUUUACAAUAUAAUUGUUGUUGUUUUGGCUCAUACGUUCAUGGUAGGUCUAUUCAGUUCAGUUGCUAAUACGAAGUUCGUAGAAACGAGGAGUUUAUUCCUUGGUACCAUUGUUAUGUCAAGUGGAGUGUUAUCUGUUUCCGCAAUGUUUUGUCUAUCUUCUACCCUCUUAUCGUACGGAAUUUUUUCUCAUUUCGAAAAGAGAAAACUUACAUUAAAUGCUUUGGUAAUGAUGUUUAUUAAUCGAUAUUUAAGGUUGGUACCGCCAUUAGCAGCAGUCCUACUUUUUAAAAUAACUUGGUGGCGCCACGUUGGAAGUGGUCCAAACUGGAACAGGAUUGUUGGACAGGAAUAUUUAUACUGUAGAAAAAAUAUGUGGACUAACUUAAUAUUUCUAAAUAACAUAAUAGAUCCUGAGCAUAUGUGUGAACUUCAAACAUGGUAUGUGGCACUCGAUACGCAAUAUUACAUCCUGCUUUUGCUAGGUUUAUGGUAUAUAAAAAAGCAUGAAAAAUAUAUAUUCCAUAUUAUUGGUGGUUUAUUAUCUACAACUAUAUUAAUCACAUUCUACAUCAAUUAUAUCAACAAGUUCGAAGCUUUGAACAUACCAAGGGCAGAGUCUAUGUAUAACAUGAAAAAUAUAAGGGGAAAUCCGCACUUUCAUAAACAGCAUUGUUCAGCCAUUGGAAAUACAUGUGGUCCUCUUCUUGGUAUUAUUUUUGGUUAUAUCACAUAUAAAACAAGAAACGUCGAGAUGUUCAAACAAAAGAAAAUGUGGAAAAUAUUAUUCUAUAUUUUCUUUUAUGUUCCGGCGCUAUCGAUUAUAAUAGUUCCAAGUUGGUAUGUAUUAGUACUUAGGCCUGAGUAUGACCCACUUAUGAGUUCUUUUAUCCACGUGAUUAGCAGACCUAUAUUUCUUAUGUCACUAGGAUUUGGAAUGUAUGGAUGCUUGCACGGUAUUGGAGGAAUUACCGAACAGGUAUUAAAAUGGCCCCCAAUGUAUAUUCUGGGAAGAUUGUCUUAUAGUGUUUAUCUGGUACAUUGUACAAUAAUUUUGUCCAGACAAGCAACAGCAAGAACUCCUGCAUAUAUUUCAGAAAUACAGAUUAUUUAUCAUCUGCUGGCAGACUUUGCAGCUUCUUUUCUGGUAGCGCUAUUGCUGACAUUAUUUUUCGAAAUGCCAAUCGCAGCCGUGACGAAGUAUAUAAUAUUGCCAAAACAUUCAAAAGGUGUCGAAGAGAAGAAAGAAUAAUAUAAUAAUUCUAAUAUAUUUCUGGUUAUAAUUGAGGGGGUUAGAAGUAAAAGGGUUUAAGGUCACUUUUUUUAUAAUUUUACUCUAAGUACAGAUUCUCAAACUUAAAUGGUAUUAGAAAUUUGUGGUAAAACGAUUUUUGUAAUAAAAAAUAGAUAUUAU